AUGCAGCGGCUCCGUAGGGGAGGAAGGCGAGAGCGAGCCAGGCGAGCCGGGCGCCCGGGCGCCCGCGGGUUGCGGGGAGGCGCGCGCCGCUCCGAGGCUCCGGCCUCCGCACCCCCGCGCCCCGACGCUGCGGGCGACAGGGCCGGGCUCCGGCAGCCGCCGCCGUCGCCGCCGCCGCCGCCACCCGGAGAACGGAGCAAAAGUUUGGAUCUGGGGAAGGACGCGGCGCCGAGCGGGAUUUCUACCGGGGCCGCCAGGAGACCUCCAAAACCUUCGCAGGUAAUGCGCACCCCCCUACCCUCUCCUUCCGUGCGGGUCCGCGGGGCUCCCGCUCCCUCCCCCAGCGCCUUUUCAGACGCUCGCCGGAUCUGGCGGCAAGUCGGAUCCAGGCGAAGUUCGAGAUCCCCGGGAGUGGGCACCCAGCGCGGGGAGGUCUCCUGGAACAUGGGCGAGAUCUCCGGCGCUUCUUCGCGCCGGGUGGGCAGCUGCGCUGGGAGGCCAGCCUCCCCCGAGGACGGGUGGGAGCCCUCGGCCCCAGCUGGUGCCUCCUUUUGGAGCCCAGAGGACAGUUAG